UUUCAGCUCGACCAAGCUGGCUGUUGUUAAAUUUCUAUUGUUUUUGCCUGUGAAACCGAAACCCAAUGCUCAAGAGUUAAUUGACAGACGCCGCCUUGGCAACUGAUGUGGAAAUAUAAUGCGUUCAAAAGUGUUUUCUAUAAGAAUAUCUCAUAUCACGUGCAACCGGUGGCCUCUCCUUAUCGCUGGUGUAAAGUGAACCCCCUCCCUCUCGGCUCAGAGCCACUCCUGGUUCCAAUCUCUCCUACUGUAUUGUCUGUUGAUAAGCUUGUCCUACUGCGGACGAAGUUGGAAAGGGGGAGACUAACACUACAAGUAUGCGCCGCUUUGAGCGACACAAAUGUGGAUCCCAUUGAUCACAUCUGGCCCUGAUUCGCUGCUCCUCGCUUGAGUUGCUUAUGGCCAAGAGCUCUAGCCGGUGAAAACGUAAUCAGAAGAGUCUCCUCGCGAAAAACCACUGCAGAAACAGAAAACAAAGAUAUGUACACUUCCAACUUCCCUUCAAUGGAUUCAAGGGAAGAUCAGAUAUUCAAGUGAAAAUAUCCAUACCCAAUAAGUUACUUUUUGGAAUCAUUGAAUCAAUAUGCAAUCAAAAAACUGAAUGACCGCAACAAUAAAUUAAUCAAUUGAUAUCAAUCAAAACAAAUCACCGAAAAGAGAGAGAGAACCAAAAACCGAUACCGAAAUGCGGCCCGUCUAUGACUUGUGGCUGAUUAACGCCUUUGAUCCCAGCAUGGUGCUACAGAACCACAAUACAGUUGUGGCCCGUUCUACACUGACGCCGAACAGCAGCAACCAUAACUUUGGUUAUCACUCAGGGACGGGCCGAGCUCCGCUCAACGCCGGACCUAGCACACAGCGUCCGAUAGUUGAUCUAUUGGUGGCCAUGGUGGCAGUGCCCGUACUGAUUCUGUGCGCCCUGCAGUUGGAGAAGAAUUUGCGCGACAACAGCGUCGAGUCGCGCUGGCUGGUCUUUGCGCUGGGCAUUGGAAUGCUGGUGAUCAGCGUGAUUAUCUGCGGCUAUGUCACGCACCGUAUGGGCGUCUGCAUCUGGGCAGGACCCAUAGACGAGGCCGGCAAUCGACCAACCAACGGAGCAAUGUCGCACAUCAACUCCCAAAACGAUGUGUUGCGCAUUGUGGACUCAUUGCCUCCAAGCUAUGAAAGCGUGUUGAAAUUCGAGCUGCCGCCACCGUCCUACGACUGCCUGGUGAUCGAUAUUGAUCUGGAACAGAGCAAGGAUAUGGAGCCGCCGCAGACAUCGUCCAAGUCGAGUGCCAGCCGAUCAAUAUCCUCGACGGAAGCCAUUCUACACAUAUAGGACGCGGACCAUUGCGGAGGAGGAGAGAGAAUAAAGAGAUUUUCCCCAACAGGCAGCGCAGCGGACUACUAUAUUUGACCUAUUUUGACCCACUGACGGAUCACACCCAAAUGUUGCCUCAACGUGCGACACAUCAAUAAUGAAUUGAUCUAUCUGUAUAUACCUACCGGCUGGCUUAGUUAUAGCCUCAUAUAAUUGUGGCUUUGUAUUUACUUCGGUUCUAACCACCUAGUAUUUUUAAUUUGUAGAGCAUUCGAUGCAUUCAAACCUCAUCAUUUUUCGAUCUUCUCGGUAUUCGCAUUGUAAAUAUAUACAUAUAUUCCUCCACAAAACCACAGCAUCUAGUCCAAAGUUGUACAUAGCCUGAAACGAUAACAGAACAGAACCACUCUCAAUGCUUACACCUUGAAUUUACCAAAGUACCGUGGUGUUUUACCCACGUACAUACAUGCAUACAUACCUGCUGACACAUGCAUAUGUAUAUUUGCACGAGGGCACACUUGCAUACGUACAUACGUACACUUACUGAAUGCCAAGGAAGGGCGGAAAUUAAAUUACAGGGUAGUUGCCUAGUACUUACUUACUUACUUACUUAUAGUCCCUAGCUAAAUACUGUAUAUAAUACUACGUAAGCUAAGAUUGCAUAUUGCAUCCUUAUAACAAGAUGGAAAUUUAACGAAACCAUUUUCGAGGAACAAUUAGUGUUGCUUUCCAAAAAUAAAGAAUUCCUAUUAAAUUUA